CACGGGAUAGCCUAUGGCCUAUGGCCCAUCCCUGCACGUGAUAAGUAACACACCCCGUUGUUCUGCUGACGGGGACUGUUUGGAGCAAUACGUUAUUUAUUAAAUCAAAUUUUCUUUUUCUGCCACAUCCACAAGCUUGUAAGAAUGGCAAGUCAAACUCAAGGAAUACAACAACUUCUUGCAGCAGAAAAACGGGCUGCAGAGAAGGUUUCAGAUGCACGCAAACGUAAAGCUCGUAGGCUGAAGCAGGCAAAAGAAGAAGCUCAGGAUGAAAUUGAAAAGUAUAGACAAGAGAGAGAAAAACAAUUCCGUGAAUUUGAGACUAAGCAUAUGGGUUCAAAAGAAGAUGUAGCUGCUAAAAUUGAUGCAGAUACUCGGGUCAAGAUCGAAGAAAUGAAUAAACAAGUUAAUGCAAAUAAGGAUGCAGACUGCGACGAAUAUAGACAUAUUUCGAAGGCUGAUGAUGCAUUCCGAUCUAUUAUUUUCUAUGUCUCGAGCUAAAUCUCGAGGAACAAAACAGAUCCUGACAGUAGAAAUCCUAUCAUUAUCAAAAUCUAAAAACACAACAGGAGAAAACCUGUCUCUGGUCGAAGGAAUUGAUAGUUCGUCGAUGGAUGAUGAAUGUAGAGAUGACACGACGACGGAUUAUGCAUCGGGUGGAGAUGAAAUGUAUACUGAUAGUGAUAAUACUGAUAAUGAUGAUUG